UAAGACUAGAAAGGGCCUUCAGACUAUACAGUCACCUACGACGACAGCAAGCACACAAUGCAAGUUUACAAGAGACAUCAAAGAAGCGGGUUUGAGCAGCAGCAGCAGCAACAGCAGAGCGCCGCCCCUCAGGAUGCUACCUCCGAGAGAUUGCAGACUCUGGGCAUGAGGAUCAGACAAAGCAUAUCGAACGGGUACAAGUUACCAGAGGCCAACACGUCGAACAAUGCUGCCUACAUCAACGACUACGAGCAGCAGCAGCUUCAGAACAACAGCAGAAGAGUGCCACUGCCUGCGCACUUAGGAAUGAACGGUCCGCCAGCGUUGGACUACAACGGAUCAACCGCUUCUUCUCUGUCCUGCUGGGAGGAGGAGCUCAAUCACUCCUCUGUGAACCGCUCGCAGAUGUUGAACGACUUUUACCCUGCACAGGGCAAUCCCGGCGGUGUAAAGAGAGGCAUUGAGGAGCUCAACGAUAAGGAGAUGCAGGUGAACGAUUACGUCCAGAGAUACGGUCCGUUGAGCUUCAACGAAGAGUUCUGAUGUAUCUGUCAUGCAAUUACAUGCCUCCACCCCAGGGCAUGACACCCAUGACCCGGUGAUACCUGGUUUUUUUUCCCUUCAUUUCUUUAACUCCCUCUUCUCUCCAGGCUGUAGCACAGCUGCUAUUUCGAUUUUGGUUUUCUCUUCUCUAUUUCCCUCUCUGCUUUUCACUACAUAGUUACCCCUCCCAUCCCUUCACGGUUUAUAGUUUGCAACGCAU